AUGACAGAUGCGUACUUUGAGUUGCUGGGGAAAAUGAUCACCAGAUUUGUUAAUUAUAAACCUGGAUCGAUCACGUUAGAGAAUAUAACCAGGCUAUGCCAGACCAUGGGAUUGGAAUCGUUUGUUGACCAAGUUGAUACCAAUAUAUCGCGUCUCUCAAUUGCAUCCAAAAUCAUUGUAAUAGAUAUAGACUAUGAAACUACAGAUGGGAAAGUGAUAGAUGUGAAGUUGGUUCUUGCAAGCAACUUUGAUAAGUUUGAUUACUUCAAUGGCAAUGCUAAUAUUCUCUAUAGGUCUUUAACUGCUUAUUCAGAUCUGCAUGAGUUCCACCAUAAUCUGAAAUUUUUAACGCUGUUAGACGCAUACUCUAGUAUCGAUAUUGAGUCUACUACUUCUCAAUUUGAUUUGUUUGAAUAUUAUUCCGUUUUGCCAAGGUAUCUUCAGAAUUACCUGGAUGAUAAUAAUACUAACUUAAAUGUCAAAACUAACUUGAACGAUCGUUUUGGUAUCUAUUUGGUAGAUCCCAAUGGCGAUGAGAUCGGGAAGCUCACAUUUACGAUCACCCAGGACCCAAACCAAAGGUACUACGAGUACAAGUAUUCUACAGAUACCAAAGAAUGGAUCAAUGAAUCGUCUGAAUCAUAUACAAGUGGUAUUACAUUGUUGUUUGAGUUGGUUGGUUGCAGGGAUACAUAUUUCCCCAAGGAUCACAUUCCAGCCGAACAGAUCCAUGAAAAUUCCAACGUCGAAGCUAACAAAGGGCCUUUAAAGCCAUUCCUCUUCAAGUCAUACACCCCAAGAGUUCGGCUGUUCAACGAUUUUACUGUUGAUCUGUAUGCAGUGUCAGCUUUCCAACUGCUUAAUGAGAACAUAUCGCUAUGCUUGGACAUACUGAAAUGGUAUCGAUGGUGGAAUUUGGUAUUAUAUCCAAUAUCAGAGCUGCUUGGGUCUCCAAACGAUGAUGCGAAGUCACGUAUUACUGUAAAUAAAGUGGGCCAAAGUCAAUCGCCCCAAGGGGACCCUCCACUGCCAACUUCACUUCAUCGUAGAUCGAGUAUCAAGAAUCGCCGUAGAUCUAGUGUCAAUGAACCAACAAUGCUAAAUGAUGAAAGAUUUCAACAAUUCACGCUGACUGAAAUUAUGGGUUCUACCGUAGUGGAGGAUGAUGAAGAUAUGUUAGGAGAAGGACCGAUCGACCUUUUUAUUAACGAAGACUACGUGUAUCUGAAUAAUCGUGAAAUAUGUAGUUAUUACGACAACGAUGCUGAAAAAUGGCAACAGUUCAUAACCCUCUUAAAACAAAAGGUAUAA